GAGGAAACAGCGAUGAAGUCUUAAAGUUUAAGUUCACAAUCUCUGACAGUGAAAAAGCGCGCUUCCACCAAACUUCACUCCUUUCUUAAAUACUUCCAUUUCUCCCCAUAGAUUCCCAUCAUAUUUAUUCACUCCCCUUCUUUAUCAAGUUCUCACCUUUCUGGGUUCAGUGUUGGUGAGGUGUCAAAGUAAUCAAGUUCUCACCUUUCUUCUCUUUCUCGUUCUGGGUCAAGUUUUGGUGUGAGCUGUGAGGGUUUCAAGUUCUCACCUUUUUUUUUUCUCUUUCUCAUUUUGGGUUCAAGGGCUGGUUGUGGUGUGAGGGUUUCAAAUUUUCAGUCUUGAUACGUCUAUUGAGAGAUUUCAACACAAAUGAGGAAUCUUGGGUUAGUGGAAAUUAUUACUCUGCUUUGCUCUCUCUUUGUCUCUUUUCGAGUAGAGACUGUCUCAUGUCUAAACUCGGAAGGUUUGGCUUUGCUUUCACUUCUCAGUCACUUUGAAACAAUACCACCUGAAGUCAAUUCCACGUGGAGGAAGAACGCAUCAGAAACCACUCCCUGUAAUAACUGGUUUGGUGUCUUCUGUGAUGGUUCUGGUAAUGUCGAGACUCUUAAUUUGAGUGCGUCUGGGGUUUCAGGGCGAUUAGGUUCUGAAAUUGGGGAGCUUAAGAGCUUGUUCAUCCUGGAUCUUAGUGUCAAUAACUUAACUGGUUCGUUGCCUUCCAGUUUAGGAAACUGUACCUUACUUGACACUUUGAAGUUGUCUGAGAAUGGGUUUUCAGGGCAAUUAGGUUCUGAAUUUGGGGAGCUUAAGAGCUUGUUCAUUCUGGAUCUGAGUUUCAACAGUUUCUCUGGUUCGUUGCCUUCUAGUUUAGGAAACUGUACUUCACUUGACUAUUUGGAUUUGACUGAGAAUGGGUUUACCGGAGAGAUUCCAGACAGUUUUGGUAGCAUGAAGAAUUUAAGGCUUGUGUAUCUAACCUCAAACUUGUUCAGUGGUGGCUUGCCUCAGUCCUUGUUCCAGCUUCCCUUGUUAGAAGUGCUGAAUCUUGAACGCAACAAUCUUACCGGUCUGAUUCCUGCAAGUGUUGGUGGGUUGAAAGAGCUUGUAGAUCUGAGGCUGUCUCAUAAUGACUUGUCUGGUCCCAUCCCUGAGUCUAUUGGGAACUGCAGUAAGCUUGGAUAUCUGGCCUUGAACAAGAACAAGCUAAAUGGUUCGUUGCCUGAAAGUCUCAACCUGCUCGAGAAUCUCAGCGAAGUGUAUGUCAGUAACAACACCCUUGGAGGGAGGAUUCGUUUCGGUUCAAGAAACUGCAAGAAGCUGGUGUAUUUAGAGCUGUCCUACAAUCAUUUCGAAGGUGGUAUUCCUCCUGAAGUUGGCAAUUGCAGUAACCUUGACUCUUUAGUCAUUGUCAAAUGUAACUUGACAGGUAACAUUCCAUCAUCCUUGGGGAUGUUAAAGAAGGUUACGGAUAUUAACCUCGGCGAGAAUCUUCUCUCUGGGAACAUCCCUCAUGAGCUUGGGAACUGCAGCAGCUUAAAAACCUUGAAGCUUAACGGCAACCAGCUCCAAGGCGAGAUUCCCUCUGCAUUGGGUAAGCUAAAGAAGCUAGAAAGCCUGGAGGUUUUCGAGAAUAAGCUUUCUGGUGAAAUUCCUAUCAGCGUAUGGAAGAUUCAGAGUUUGACACAGAUUGUCGUUCACAACAACACACUCACCGGGGAACUACCAGUUGAAAUCACUGAGCUAAAGCAUCUUAAGAAGCUUUUGAUGUUUAACAACAGCUUUUAUGGAGAGAUACCGAUGAGUUUAGGUGUGAACAGAAGCUUAGAGGGGGUGGAUUUUACUGAUAACAGUUUAACAGGGGAGAUACCUCCCAAUCUCUGCCAUGGACAGAAGUUGAAGUUGCUUAACUUUGGUUCUAAUCAGCUUCAUGGUAGCAUACCACCGUCUGUUGGUCAGUGCAAGACCCUCGAGAGAAUGAGACUUGCAAGAAACAAACUUUCAGGUGUUCUUCCGGAGUUUCCUGAGGCACCUAGUCUUGACUUUGUGGAAAUCAAAGGCAACAACAUUGUAGGAUCCAUCCCUCGCAGCUUGGGAAGCUGUAAAAAUCUACAGACAAUCGACUUCUCUCAAAACAAACUCACCGGUCUGAUACCUCCAGAACUUGGAAAUCUGCUAAACCUCAGAUUGUUGAAUCUUUCACAUAAUAUCCUAGAAGGUCCUCUGCCAUCACAGCUAUCAAGCUGUGUGAAAAUGCUGAAGUUUGAUGUCGGUUCGAACUCAUUAAACGGUUCUGUUCCUUUGAGUUUUAGCAGCUGGAAAAGCUUGACUAAUUUGGUUCUCACCAAUAAUCGGUUUUCAGGAGCCAUUUCCCCGUUAUUUGCAGAGCUAGGCAGCCUUAUAAAUCUCCAGGUAGCUAGAAAUGCUUUUGGAGGUGAGAUUCCUCCCUCACUUCGCUUGUUAAAGCACCUGAACAGCUUAGACCUCAGUGGAAACGGAUUCACUGGUGAGAUUCCAUCCUUUCUUGGGGAUCUUGUUGAUCUCGUACGGCUCAACAUAUCCAACAAUAAGUUGACAGGGAAUUUAUCAGUUCUUCAAAGUCGUAGUUUCUUUCAGCUUGAUGUCUCGUAUAAUCAGCUCACUGGUCCUAUACCGGAGAUGCUGAUAAAUAGUUCAUCAGUAUAUACAGGAAACCCAAGCCUCUGCAUUCAACCUUCUCACUCAGUAAGUGCAGUGAUCCGUAAGGAGUUUAAAACUUGCAAAGGUGAAGCCAAACUUAGCACCUGGAAGAUUGCACUUAUAGCAGUUGGGUCCUUUCUAUCUGCUUUGGCUCUGGUUUUUGCUUUAGUUUUUGUUUUUAUCACCUGCAAAAGAGGAGUCAAGACAGAAGACACUCCUGUCAUCGACGAGGAAGAAGGUCUUUCCUUGCUGCUGAACAAAGUUCUCACAGCCACUGACAAUCUAGACGACAAGUACAUCAUUGGCAGAGGAGCUCAUGGAGUUGUUUACAAAGCCUCAUUAGGUCCAGGUGAAGAAUACGCCGUGAAGAAACUCAACUUCGCGGAACACGUACGUGCAAACCAGAAUAUGAAGAGGGAGAUCGAGACAAUAGGACAAGUUAGGCAUAGAAACCUCGUUAGGUUGGAAAGGUUUUGGAUUAGGAAAGAAAAUGGCUUGAUGCUGUACAAGUACAUGCCCAAUGGAAGCCUAUACGAUGUUCUGCACAGAGGUAAUCAAGGAGAAACUAGUCUUGACUGGUCUACACGGUUCAACAUAGCCCUUGGAAUCGCACACGGUCUAGAGUAUCUACACCAUGACUGUCAUCCAUCAAUCAUCCACCGUGACAUCAAGCCAGAGAACAUACUCAUGGACUCGGAGAUGGAGCCUCACAUUGGAGAUUUCGGAUUGGCUAGGAUUCUAGAUGACUCAACUAUUUCAACAGCAACCAUCACAGGCACCACUGGUUACAUUGCACCAGAAAAUGCGUACAGGACAGUGAGGUGCAAGGAAUCAGAUAUCUAUAGUUAUGGAGUUGUUUUGCUCGAGCUGAUAACGGGGAAGAGAGCAGUCGACAGAUCUUUCCCUGAGGAGACUGAUAUUGUGAGCUGGGUCAGAUCUGUGCUAAGCAGCCUCGAGGACGAUGAUGAUGAUACAGUUAGUCCAAUCGUUGAUCCAAGGCUUGUGGAUGAGCUUCUGGAUACAAAGCUUAGAGAACAAGCAAUUCUAGUUACAGACUUGGCACUUGUGUGUACAGAUAAAAGGCCAGAGAACAGACCGUCCAUGAGAGAUGUGGUGAAAGAGUUGGCUGAUGUGAAAAAUCUUGUAAGAAGUACUUCUGGUUCAGUUCAAUAGUUUCGGUAUUUUACAGGUUUAUCGUAGCAGUAAGAGUGGAAAGUAUCUUACUGUUCUCUCUGUAACCACUAAUACUGAUAUGUUAUUAAGUAGCAUUGAGUGACAUCAAAAGAUCUGAGAAACAUAUGUGAAGUGUUUUUAUUGUGUAAAUCAAAUUUGUGGGAGUAAAUUAGAGUACAACAACGAGAGAAGCUUAUACACACUUGUCUUAUUUCAAUAUGUUUUAGUAUGUGUUACCACUUAGCUCACCAGAGAAAGCACUAUCAUAGAAUGUGGAACCAGUUGGUGUACGCAAUGAUGUUCAGAUCCUCGAGUCACUCUGCAAACAUAUUGACAAGACAAGAACAAUAUUCACAAUGUGUGUUGGGCCUGAAAAAAAUUGAGAGGGCGAUCAGUUAGUAGAAGCUCAAAAACAAAUGGGCUGAUUUGGGCCUAAACUACAGCCCAUACAUUAUUUAGUUUAUUUUAAUAUCUAAGAAACAUCAUUUUCGAAAUCUUUCACUAAUCUCCGCCUUCAUGAGUAGAUGAUGUUGUUAGGGUUGGCAACUCCGCCUUCAUCAACACUAUCUCCGGUUAAGUUCUCUUCUAUACAACACGGUGAAUCAUUUAUCUCUUUCACUCGAACGGUUGAGUAAGCGUUUAUCUUGUAUACAAUUAUUUGUUAAUCUCUUUUUGUUCUCACUAUAAGCAACCUGUAUUUUAUGUCUUGAGAAUCUCACUUACGUUUAGCCUUUUGGUAGGCACGAAACAGGAGCAGUGAAUCAUAAGGAGGCCUAUCUUAAUUGGUGGAAUAUGAGAUUGUUUGAUUACGUUGGUGAUUAAGAACUUGUCCAUAUGUAAAAGAAGAUGGCACAUAUGAAAUAAGGUUAAGGAAACAUUGACUAUGGUAAUUAGAAACUAGUGUACUUGAAGAGGAAGAGAAAAGCCACUUAAAAGAAAAGAAUCUGAUUAGAAGAUAGGUAAUAUAUCAUCUACAAUUAAUAAUAGAUUGUUAAGUUUUAUUAAACUGAAUCACUUAAGUUUCG